AUGGCCGGGAAACAAGUGGACCUCGGCAUCAAGUUGGGGAGACUUGAAGGCCCUACGAAGGGAAAGGGAGAGGAGUUCUCGAAGAAGACCCCUGCAGCGGCGACCUCUUCCGGCGGAAGAAGAGGGAAAGAAGUCUCGGUUAAUGCCGUUAAUCCAGCGCAUGCGGGAUCUCAGCAGUAUUCAGUGAAUUUCGCGCCCGUAUCGCCUUCUAUUGCCGCCUACGCUUCGCUGGCGGCGCAUUAUCAACCUCAACCUCCUGCUCAACCUAUCUACUAUUCAGCUUUAUCGGCUCCACUACCUGUGGCCUCACAAGCGGUCGUCCACCAUUAUACUCCCGCUCCACCUCAAGCCCAACAGUACAAACCCCCGGCUUCGAGAGCUCCUCAGCCGACACAACAGGUCCCGCCCCCGCAAGGUCAACAGGGCGGCAUAGCACAACCGCGACCGCGCAGGCAGUACGCACCCUUGCCAGUCCCGCUCUCCCACAUAUACCGGCAACUUCAUGCGGGCAACAAGAUCGGAACAAUAGCGCCCGGCCCUAACUUCGACCCAACCGCCCAAGACCAGAGCAAACGUUGUGAAUAUCAUCAGGGUGCGCCGGGGCAUACCCUGGAUAACUGCUGGAGGUUACGUGAGAGAAUCCAAGAGAUGAUCGAUGCGAAGGAGCUCUCAUUCAAUGCCGUGAGGGCCCCGAAUGUGCAGGCCAAUCCCCUCCCUGAUCAUGGGUCGAGCUCAGGACCCUCUAUUAAUAUGAUCAGCAUUUGCACCUUAGGGGAGGACGUGAGCGAACAAGACGACCCUUCCCCCUUUGUGAUCGAGUAUGUCCCCGCGGAAGUCACGGUUGGGUUCACGGGGCUUAGUGCCUCGCCUACCCCUUUCGUUAUCUACGUCUCUGCACGGGAGCCGUAUUUGGACAAGAAGGUCCCAUGGGCCUAUGGAGGGAAUGCUAGCAGUCUCGAACACCAGUUCAGUGUCAUGGGCGUGACGCGUUCGGGUCGCGUAUAUGAGAACCCGGAGGGUGUGAACAAGGGAAAGGUUCCCGCCGCCGCAGUAGGUAUGUUACCUAAAGUUAUGCCGAUCCCGCAAAAGAAGGUAACCGAAGAGGAAGCUGAAGCAUUUAUGAAGAUCAUCAAAGCGAGCGAAUACAAAGUGGUUGAGCAAAUGGCCAAGUCCCCAGCCCACAUCUCACUACUCGCUCUCCUCCUCAGCUCGGAGCCACACCGAGAAGCCCUCCUACAGGUAUUGACGAUGGCACAGGUCCCCAAGGAGACGGCUCCAGAUCUCAUUGAAGAGACCGUUGGCUCAAUCUUCUCCAACAACAUCUCAUUCUCGGAUGACGAACUUCCCUCCGAAGGAUGA